AGCUAUGCUAGCGGCUCUGUAGCACAGCACAGAGGCUGCGAGCGGAAAAAACAACAACAACAGGCUACUUUGCGAAGGCAGCUGCAUGGAUAGCGACAACAACAAAAGCAACAACGACGACCAGGAUUUCACGUGCAGUGAUAUUUCCUCAAACCAAAAUGCUCCUUAGCCUUAGAAUGUGAGUACUCUGGGAUCUUAAGUGUUUUCCACCACCCGAAGUGACAUUAACCCGCUCCUUUAAGUGAAAACUGGUUGAAAGCUAGCGGGCUAGCACGCUAGCUUCCUGCAUCUCUCUAUGUUUGAGCGUCUUCCGGCAGCAGUGGCGGCAGCAGCAGUGCCAUGAACAGUGGACUCCCACCUUCAGCUGCUCCGCUCGGGGGUGCCGGGAUACCCAAUGUCAAGGUGAAGUUUUGUCGAUACUACGCAAAAGACAAAACCUGCUUUUAUGGAGAUGAGUGUCAGUUCUUGCAUGAGGAUCCGUCCUUGGCGAGUUUGUCGCUGCACGGCGGCGGCAGCCCUGUCCCGUUGUCCAUGGCCGGGGGUGGUGGGACGCCAGCGGGGUAUUCCCUUGGCGGCUCCGCGGCGGGCUGCCCGGGCGGUGGGGGCACCGGCGGUCCCAAGAAGAGUGAAACAUUGGGGCCUGCGAGUACGUCUCUGGAGGGGCAGCUGUUAACCAUCCCAGGGAUGGAAGGCGCAACCCUGAGCGAUGCCAAUCUUACCAACUCUUACUUCAGCAGCAGCUUUAUUGGGGUCAAUGGAUUUGGAAGUCCAGCAGAGCCUAAAUACUCAAUGAUGCAGCGAAUGACUACCAGCAGCAGCUCUCCCAGUCUUCUCAACGAUGGUGCCAAGAACUUCAGCCACAGCACUCAUGAUCCAGUGAACUCCCCGACGUCCUCACUGUUCAGUGAUUUUGGUGCUCUUAGCAUUUCCCAAAGGAGAAAGGCUCCUAACCCGGCAGCGAGUGAAUUCAUCCCUAAGGGAGCUCCACGUAUGGCCAAUAUGGCUCAGUCCACUGUCCAGGCCUUCCCCUCACCUCUCUUUGCACAUCCUGGUCUCAGCAGCUCCACAGCUGCUGCCCUGGCUCCAGGAAUGUCGUUGUCUGCGGGAUCAUCUCCUCUUCACUCCCCUAAAAUUACACCACACACCUCACCUGCUCCCCGUCGACGCAGUCACACCCCAAACCCUGCCAAUUACAUGGUGCCCACCACCGCGUCUGACCAGGGUGCACACAUUAUCCAGAAAGAGACUGUAGGGGGGACGACCUACUUUUACACAGACAACACCCCGGCACCAAUGGCUGGGAUGGUGUUUCCUACCUACCAUAUCUAUCCCCCCACGGCGCCACAUGUGGCUUACAUGCAGCCGAAAGCCAAUGCCCCGUCCUUCUUCAUGGCUGAUGAGCUUCGACAGGAGUUGAUAAACAGACAUCUAAUAACCAUGGCCCAAAUUGACCACUCAGAAAAUCCAGAUGUACCAUCUGAGGUGGACAGCUAUCACAGCCUGUUUCCCCUCGAGCCCCUUCCCCCACCAAACCGCAUGCAGAAGACCAGCAACUUCAGCUACAUCACCUCGUGCUACAAGGCAGUGAAUAGCAAAGAUGACUUACCGUACUGCCUGAGGAGGAUACAUGGUUUCCGCCUCGUUAACACAAAGUGCAUGAUGCUGGUGGACAUGUGGAAGAAGGUUCAGCACUCAAACACUGUAACAUUGAGAGAGGUCUUCACCACCAAGGCCUUUGGAGACCACUCUUUGGUGUUCUCGUAUGAUUUCCAUGCAGGUGCAGAAACCAUGUUCAGCAGACACUUUAAUGACCCAGCAGCAGACUCGUACUUCACCAAAAGGAAAUGGGGACAACAUGAACCCCCUCCACCACGGCAGCACGCGGGGCUGCUCCCAGAAUCCCUCAUCUGGGCAUACAUCGUCCAGCUCAGCUCAGCCCUGCGCACCAUCCACACGGCAGGCCUGGCUUGCCGUGUGAUGGACCCCAGCAAAAUUCUCAUCACUGGCAAGACCAGGUUACGGGUGAACUGUGUUGGGGUGUUUGAUGUCUUAACAUUUGACAACAGUCAGACCAAUCAUCUUGCCCUUAUGCCACAGUACCAGCAAGCAGAUCUCGUGUCACUGGGCAAGGUUGUGCUGGCUUUGGCAUGCAACUCCCUGGCUGGCAUACAAAGGGAGAACCUGCAGAAGGCUAUGGAGCUGGUGUCUAUCAACUACUCUUCAGACCUCAAGAACCUCAUUCUGUAUCUGCUGACCGAACAGUCUCGCCUGCGCAGCGUCAAUGACAUCAUGCCGAUGAUUGGAGCCAGAUUCUACACACAACUGGAUGCAUCGCAGAUGAGGAAUGACGUCAUUGAGGAGGAUCUGGCCAAGGAGGUGCAAAAUGGCCGACUCUUUCGCCUGCUGGCCAAGCUGGGCACCAUAAAUGAACGUCCAGAAUUCCAAAAGGACCCAACGUGGUCAGAAACGGGCGACCGUUACCUGUUGAAGCUUUUCCGGGACCACCUGUUUCACCAGGUGACAGAAGCGGGGACGCCCUGGAUUGACCUCAGCCACAUCGUCUCCUGCCUCAACAAACUGGACGCAGGCGUUCCUGAGAAGAUCAGCCUGGUGUCUCGGGACGAGAAAAGUGUCCUGGUUGUGACCUACUCGGACCUGAAGCGCUGCUUUGACAGUACCUUCCAGGAGCUGCAGGCCGCUGCAUCCGGUUCUCUGUAGCGCCGCUUUCAGGCCCGGCAGGGUGGAGUUGCUGGGACCUGGAGCACAUUUUUGCACUACAGUGGAGGACCAGGCUCAAAGAGAUGACAUCAGCAUGGCAAAGGCAGCGGGGCAGGGCUUCGUGAACCUCAGUCACAUACACUGACCCUGUCCACCAGGAAGGCUUUUCUAAAGUGUAACUUUUCUUUUUUAGUUUUCUUAAACCCCACAGCUGAAAGUUUAAAAACACAAGGAGGAAAACAAAAGUUUAAGGACAAACAUGGAAGCUGUGACGAACACAUAUGAUGACAUUUUUUUAAGAUUUGGGGAACAAAAUGAGACACAAAACAUGACGUUUUGAACUUUUCCUGCUUUUAUUGUUUGUUUCUACAGCUGGGGUUUAUUUUUCUGAGGAGGAUGCACUAAGAUUUUAAUUUUUUUGUUAAUUUUUGUUAUUUUUAUGAAUAUGUGUGAGUGGCCUACAGGGUGAACAGAGAGCUAAAAUCACACAUGGACAUAAAUUACCAGAGCAGACUCGGAAAUGAAACAAAAAAAAGAAAUCUAGCUUUCUGCUGACUGCAUCUUUCUUCCGGUUGGAGACCACACCCCUUCAUUCUGAAGCACUUGGAGACGGGAGACACCACUCAAGGCUUUCAUUGGAGUUGGACAGCUAACUAGCUUUAGCCUUGGUUGAUGGUUCCCCUUUGACAAAAGGAAAUAAAACCACUUGGGUAGGGCGGGAAGGGUUUGUAAAACUGGAAAACAAAUAAGGUUUUCAGACAUUUUGGUUCAGGAGAUUAUGGAAUUUGGGUUCAUUUGCAGUGGGGUGGCAUGGAAUGGGAUUGGGUGGGUGGAGACUUGUGGUGUCUAUGGGCACUCAGGAAGAGGUGUCUUCUCCUGGGGUAG